AGACUCCAUAGGCAAGCAGCUGAUACCUGAGGCUUCUGACCCAGGGCCAUCCACCAAGAGCAUGGGGCUCUCUGAUGUCCAGCUCUGGCCAGUGCUGCUGUGGGCACUGAUGUGGGCACAGGGUACAAGAUCUGCAUGUCAUUCCUGUGGGAGUCCAACACUGGCACCCCAAACAGAACGAGCUCUGGUCCUGGAGCUAGCCAAGCAGCAAAUCCUGAAGGGGCUGCAUCUGACCAGUCGUCCCAAGAUAAGUCAUCCUCCACCCCAGAAAGCACUGACAGGAGCCCUCCAGAGACUACAGACUGGGAAUAUGGUUCCAGAAAACAGAGAGGAGGUCAUCAGCUUUGCUACAGUCACAGAUUCCUCCACUUCAGCCUGCAGCUCCAUGCUCACGUUCCACCUGUCCACCCUUCAGUCCCACCACCUGUACCAAGCCCGCCUCUGGCUACAUGUGCUCCCCACGCUUCCUGGCACUCUCUACCUGAGGAUCUUUCGGUGGAGCCCAAGAAGGAGGCGCCGAGGAUCCCGCAGGCUCCUAGCUGAGCAGCAAAUGACUGCUCCUGGCUGGCAUGCCCUCACUCUGCCCCCUAGCGGCUUGAGGGGUGAGGAGGCUGGCAUCCUGAAACUCCAAUUGGACUGCAGACCUCUGGAAGACAACAGCACAGUUGCUGGACACUCGACUCGGCUCCUGGACACAACAGGAAAUCAAGGGCCCUUCCUGGAACUAAAGAUGGGAGCCAAUGAGCCUGGAACAAGCAGGGCCAGAAGGAGGACCCCCACCUGUGACCCGAAUACCCCUUUAUGUUGUAGACGAGAUCAUUAUGUACACUUUCAGGACCUGGGAUGGGGGGACUGGAUCCUGCAGCCUAAUGGCUACCAACUGAAUUACUGCAGCGGUCAAUGCCCCCUGCACCUGGCUGGUAGCCCAGGUAUUGCUGCCUCUUUCCAUUCUGCUGUCUUUAACCUCCUCAAAGCCAAUAGUCCUUGGCCAGCAGGUACCUCAUGCUGUGUCCCCACUAUCCAAAGGCCUCUCUCAAUUCUCUACCUAAACCAGGAUAACAAUGUAGUCAAGGUGGACAUACCUGAUAUGGUGGUUGAGGCCUGUGGCUGUAGCUAGCAUAGCACCUGGGGGUUCAUAGUGAAGAGAUCAAGAUGUCCUAUGCAAAGGACAUCUGUAUGGAGAUUUCAGAUUUCCUGAUUCACAUCCCCACCCAACAGGCAAUAUGACUGCUAGGUCAUGGCACUUUCUUGUCCCAGUUUCUGGCCUAUUUCAGGCUGGCUGGUUGGUGUGUGGGAAGCUGGGGAAAAGGUUUCCUCCAAAGGGGACAGCUUGAUUUCCUACCCUAAGUCCUAUGAGAAGAUGGCAGGAACUGGCCGGGGUGGGAGGGAAGGAGAAGGAAGAGAAAAAUUACUGCAUCUCUCCCAACAAAAGAAAGCCUUCAGAAAGGGGAAAAAAGGAAGCAGAGGGUCCAGCAGGUUUGGGACAAGACACACAGGCUGGCCAAGGGAGGGGACUACUGAGUGCUUUGAGAGCGGGGCAAGGAGAUGGGUGAGAUGCUAAGGGAGGGAGCUUUGGAGGCCUCAGAAAAGGGAGCCAGGA